AAAAAAUCUAGGAUCCUGCGUGCUUUCUUUUCUCUCGGAUUUUAAGAUAACGAGUAAGAUUUGCUGGUGAAAUUAAAUUGAGUUAAAUAGCCCACAAAAAUGAGUGACCAGCCGAAACGGACGGGGAACAUUCUGUCGAACGUAAGCCCCCCGACGGAUCUGCCGAGCUUCAUAACGGGGAACGUGGCAACAGCUGGUGGACCGGAUGUCGCGAUGGUUCCUCCAGCGAUCAGGCCCCCGAUCGCCGAUGAUGCCAACACAAAGAAAGACGAAACGGAACCGUUCAUACCGACCACGUUCAGCCCGGCCAUUCCGCCCAGCAAGGAUACCUCUCAGUCGAUACCUUCCGGGCCACCGGCAGCUGCUCCCGUUGAGGGCCAAUCUUCGAGUCCGGAACCAACACACUCGUUUGCGGGCCUGACUCUUAACCCGGAACCGGUGGCUGCGGCGCUGAGUCCGAUCACUCAGGGUGGUUCGGCACUGUUCGGAUGGAUGAAAGGGGCCGUAUCGAGCGGAGGCAUUCUGCAGAAGGUGGCCGAAAAGGCGAAGAACUCGGUCGACACGAUCGUUACCACGCUCGACCCACAGAUGCGAGAGUACAUAAACUCCGGUGGUGAUACCGAGGUGAUUGUGGCCUCCGACAAGGACGAUAAAGUGCGCCCUAUACGCGAAGCAUUUCAGACCGUUUUUGGCAAGGCUACCGUAAUCGGUCUGCCGGCACAGGCACCAGGUAUUGCUGCCCAGCCGGUUGGCUUUGCCGCUGGUCUCAAGGGAGCAGAACAUCGCAUCAACAGCAUCCGGGCAGAGAAUCCUCGCGUCGAUGAUCACUUACCGGUGGUUGCGGUAGAGAACUUUCUCGUUGAAAUCUUCCCCGAUCAAUGGUUCGAUGCUGGUGUGAUACUGCUGUUUGACUACGCGAAAAGUAUUCUACUGAAAACCGUGACUCAGAUGACACCGAUUCCACAGCCGGUUGUGGCCGCACUGCAAGCUGACACCCCGGAGGACUAUCUGCUCAAGGAUACAGGGUUCGCUUGCACCGUCGGAAGCAUCAUGGCAAGAAAUCUUAACACACCGCACACCGAGUGGCAUCGUACGUACACCUCGGUGUCCCGACCGGAGAUGAUACUGGGCGCCGCCAAAACGAUAGCAACGCUCUACAAGCAAGCAACGCUCGAUUACUACAAUCAGCUGGAGCAGCAGCAGAAGAAGGAUGAGAUGGCAGUGGAGGCAUCGUCGACCGUCUCUCUACCAGCCACUGUCCCAACGGCCAGCUUAAUGCCUGACCCGGCGAAAUAGGAAUUAAUGUCUUCCGUCGUUAGGGUUUGCCACUGUAAUCACUACUAAACGAACGACUUGCCCCUUUCGAGAUGAAUGGAGGUAUCGAGAGUGACGACGGGACCAGAGGAUUCGUACGGUGGUAGUGGCGUUGGCAAGCGAUGAAGCGGAAGCAAGACAGUACGGCACCAGUAUCCGAUCGUGGAGUAACGGUGAACGACAUAAGGAACCAGCGUCUUCUACUUUCACUCGUUGCAAGCAGAAGCAAAAAUAUCGGCAUUCAAGCGGUUCUUCAUCAGUGUAGUAACCGACUCAACGAGAGAUCGCAGACGCAGAGACUGGUGGCACAUUCGAAGCACACAAUACCCUCUCAUCAAGCGCAUUAAUAGUUUAAAUUUAAUUAACUAACCCUUUUUCUUUGACGAACGACACCUUCGCCGUGGUCGGUGGUGGCAUCGAAUAAAGCGUCCCAGCUUUCCCGAUGCGUUGAUGCUCACGCUUUAUGUUGCGUCCAUUUUGUUGGAGGACGCUGAGGAAAAUGCGGCUCUUAAACCCUCAACGGACUCACCGGAGCAACUCUACUGAAUUUCAGUUUUAAAGUGUGCUUAUCAAAAUGAUGAUGAUAGUUUAUUAUAUUACUCGUUGAAACUGUAAGCCUAUUAUCGUAAUAACAGGAAAUAAAAUUAGCAUCUAUUCUAAGGGAACACACA